AUGCCGAGUGUGGAAGGAGGCUUGUGCUUUGCCUCCACUUGGAAGCCGCCAGGAACAGAAGGCUGGGCCAUCAGGGAAGGAAAGCCAGGACAUCAAAGGAGACCGACAAGAUUAAAAAUAACCUGGCAGCCUGAGGCUCCGGAGUGCCCACUUGCUGCCUUCCCGGCGGGUCUAAGGAGCCAGGGGUGUGGGUUUGGCAAGACUGGUAUGGACUCAAUCUUUCGUAGCCAGAGACACCAGCUUCCUGGGAAGUGGGAGGUGAGCCUGUCCUCACCAGAAUGUUCUGUAGGCAUAGCCCUCGAGACCCCCGACCCACCCCAGGGUCUGAGCCUACUGGGCCCACCACAAGGAACCACUAGCUUUGGUUGUAAAUGUUUUUUUUGUUUUGUUUUGUUUUUCUUCCUCUGGGAUGUGGGAGCUACAGAAAUAUUUAUAAAACAUAGCUUUUCCUUUGGGGUGGCUGGCUUCAAUUCCUCUUUAUAUAUUUUAUAUAUAUAA